AUGUUCGUUCAUCCAUCUGGACGGAAACCGAACCACACAGUCACAAGUGAAAUUGUACUCGGCAUUGACAGGCCCGCAUCACUUCCUCUACCCACACCUGCGCCUCCUUCAACGGACACUUUCUUCUGGCUUUGGUAUUCAGCAUCCAUGUUCCUGGCCACUCUUACUUUAAUACUGAAUGCUAUGCUCGGUAUCUGCAUCUUCUGCGAAAGGCACAAGACGUUUAGGAGUUCGUUCUACACUAUAAUUGUUGUAUUCGUGGUGACUAUGGUAGUCAACAGCUUGAGUCAACUCUUCGAUCUAAUCGGCGUUGUGCUUCUGGGCCUAAACUCACCGGGCGCCAGCAGUGCGUCAAUGCUGGCCGAUCUGACCAUCUCCUACUUUUCCACGGUCCUUAUAAAGACUCUACGCUUGAUUCUCGUCGGAUCUUUUGUUGGAUCCGUUGUCAUCAGCUUCGUGAUAUUUUACGCGAGCGGUUGUGAGCGAAUAUUUGAGGGUGACAAAAUGGUAGACUAUGUGGAACACAUUGCAUACAUUCAGGUUUCCAACUACGUAUUCUAUGCAAUUCCUCUCAUAUCGUCAGUGUUCUAUUUGGGUGUGUUCAAUUCGCUGCGACUCAAGCGAGCUGAUGCAAUCAGCAGACAGACGAAGGCAAUGCUGGACAGAGCAGAGAAAUGCAAUUUGAAACAAGGCAUUAUGAUACUUAUCACUUAUCUGAUAUGCCUACUCAUGCACGUGGCUUUGCAAAUUUCCCCUCCUGAUGGAUUUUCGCACAUGCUGCUCUCCGCACUGCAGGAGAUCACAGCAACAGCGCCUCAGCUGGCAAUUCCUAUUUCUGUUUUGGGUUGUUCGCGAGAUGCUCGAGCAGCGACCAGGAGAUGCUACUGCACAUCCUUGAAGCAGAACAUCUCGUCGACCUUCGGCUUUUCGAAGAUCACCAGAACUGGAUCAGCAUCUUCGAGAAUACUGCCAAUCAUUACAAAGGAGAGCAAGACUUGAAUGUUCGUCACUGCCUGAUGAAUCAAAUGUUGAGUCUUCGCAGUAGUGUUUGUUUGGGAUCUUGAAGUAUCUGGUUUAUCGAAGUAGUCGCGAUCGGAGCAUUAUGUUGUUGUGCUUACUUGCUACUUUUAAGGAUAAUUUUU